AUGGCGCCACAAGACUCUUUCAUAGAGGAAGACGAAGAUGUCUGCCCUCUUUGCAUCGAAGAGUUCGAUUUGUCCGACCGGAACUUCCGCCCUUGCCCUUGCGGCUACCAGGUCUGCCAGUUCUGCUUUAAUAAUAUAAAAAAUAAUAUGAAUGGUCUGUGUCCGGCAUGCCGACGACCUUACGACGAGAAAACCAUCCAGUGGAAAGUUGUGACACAAGAGGAGGUUGCCGAGUUCCGUGCAAAUAUACAAAAAAAUCAACGCAAGCGAGCUCAGGAACAGCGCCAGAAGGAGGUUCAGAAACGUGAAGCUGAGAAAGAGAAUCGCAAAAAUCUCAUCGGAGUACGUGUUGUGCAGAAGAAUCUCGUUUACAUUACAGGUCUGGCACCUACCGUCCGUGAAGACGAACUCCUUAAGACGCUUAGAAAGCCCGAGUUUUUUGGGCAGUACGGCGUUAUUCAAAAGAUUUCGAUUAGUAAUCGAAAGAGUUCGGAUGGUCAACACCACUCGUUAGGCAUCUACGUUACUUUUGAAAAACCUGAUGAAGCAACCAGGUGUAUCCAAGCUGUCCAUGGGUCACAAAACGGCGACCGAAUACUCAAAGCUCAAUAUGGAACGACGAAAUACUGUUCGGCAUGGCUCAAGAACGAGAAAUGCAACAACCCUGGUUGCAUGUUCUUACAUGAACAGGGCGAUGAAGAGGACAGCUAUACUCGGCAAGAUUUGUCGUCCAUGAAUAGCAUUCACACACAGCGGCCGCUGCCUGGAGGAAACAACAGCUCUUUCCGCACAACCCCUCGACAGCAAGCCUCACAGCCAACCCUAACGGCCAUUUCGCAGACCAUGGCGCGUUCUUCAAGCAAAGAUGGCUCGGAUUAUGGAUUGGAUGGCUCUGCUUUACCUUCUUCAGCCAAUUGGGCCCGAAACCCCCAGCGCAGCCGGCGAGGUAGCCAUGCAACAAGCGGCGCUCCAUCCAGCCCCGCUAUUUCAGCCUCAUUACCUACUACAACAGAAGUUGCUCAAGAGGCUGUGGAAGAUACCGAAUCUCCUCCUUCUACUCAACCUCCGGAAGAUGAUAAAAUCUCAAAUCAAGAUCCUGCUGAAGAGCCCCAGCUGCCCCCGUCACAGGGCUCACUAGCGACCAUUCUACGGGCGUUGCAAAGUUGUACAUUUACGAGCCUCGUUACUCCGCAAUUCAACGAAUUGGAACCUCCACUAUUUGAUAUUCGGGGAGGAAAGAAGCGGAAAGCCAUGCGUGAGGAUGACGACGCACGGAUCGGUGGUGACCAGAAGAACGCAACUGAAGGUCAAAUUCAACCGGAAAGCGAGGCAGAGACAGGCGGGAGCCUUGCUCUUGGUGGUGAACCUGAAGAACGCGAUGUAAUCGGUGAUGGGCAGGGGUUUGAGCACCGGCAUAUCAACUCAUUUCCUCCCAUUCAAAGAAGCAAUGCCGAUACUCUCUUUGGUCCUGCUCUUAGUGGUUCAAACUUCAAUCCAGGUACAAGUCAGAUGGGUCGAGGAGUCGCCCCUCCGCAGUUAAUGUCUUUGCGACCUCAAUCAGGGUUCAGCGAUCAGGCCCCUUCGGGCCUAUCUAGCCAGGCUACGUUCCAAAAUCAAGGUCAUAAUCGUCAAUCAUCCCGAUUCGGCUUUAUGGCUGACAGCCCACCAGCAGCAACGAAUCUCAAAUUUGCCACGAAUCAAAGAAUCAUGGGCCAGCAAUCAUCCAUGGUAUCUAACUCGUUGCAAUCCUCAGGUAGCAGCCACUUUUUUGGCAGCUCUAUGCCAGCGCCACCGCCGGGCCUCAAGUCCACAAACACACCGCCAAACCUUUUUGGUCAAGGAUUUGGCGGCUCGGCAUUUGGUCCUGCAACGAAAGACACACCUGGCGACUUAUUACAGAGUUUAAUUAGUCGGAGCCGAGGCGGUGGUAACCAGCCUCAUGAUGGUGGAAAGCUGGAUCUUGCGGACCCGAGUAUACUGCAGGCGAGGAUGCAGCACCAAUCGCAAAGCAACACCGGAGUCAAUCAGGGAGUUUUCAGCGGCCAGAGCCAAGACCAUGAUCUUAGUUUACUGGACGAGGCAGAGUUAUCAGUGGAUGCAUUGGUCUCAGAUGAGUCCUUACCGGCCCUGGUAUCAUCUCCAUCAGCCACCAACGCGGAGUCCCGUCGUCUGGCUUCUUACUUGGAUAACCCGGAUACCCUCAAUCACUCGACUUCUAAAGGCGUACUGAUGCAGGGACAGUCACAGCGUUCCAACCUGAUUCCAAGCUCGCCUCACAUUUCAACCUUUGGCUCUAUUUAUGACCCAAUCUCGUCUAUUCAGGCACCUUCAAAGUUGGAUGGUACCGACAACCAUGAGGUCGACAUCCACACCAAACCUCAUGCAGCAAAGGACUCUUCUCCUAUUGCGAUGCUCGGACCUUGGCCUACUUCUGCUAGAGGAUCUAUACUUCAAGAAGAAGAUUUCCCUGCUUUAGGCGCGCCGAGGACAAUUGACACUACAAGGACCAACACUGGUUUGGUUACUCCUAAAACCAUAAUAUCGAAGACUAUAUCGGCGAUGAAGAGGCAAAAUGAUCAAAAUUCCGAAACUGUACAUGAAGAUCAUGGGGAUAUCAUUAACGCGGAUGAAUCUCAGCCUACACAAGGCGGCGACACCAAAUCUCUGGGCUCCGUGGUUCCUGGUUUUGGAGCUACUUUCAUCUCUCAACCCAAAGAAGAGGCUACCAAAGUAGAUGAAUUGGCAGAGGCUUCCAGAUUCCCCCCCCUGCCUACUCCUGCAAUCAGCAGUGGAGUGGCCACGCCCUCGCGAAGUAUACCCAAAACUUUAAGAGUGGUUCCUUCAUCAAUCAAGACGGAAACUCGCCCAGCUUCACCGUCUCCUCUUCCGAUUUCCAACGUACCUGCAGUGGGAAAGCCGGGACAUUCACACCGACCUGGCACACCAGCCAGCGAAAUGAUUAGCGAUACCGCCUCUGUUACCUCGUUCUCGGUUUCCAUUUCUCGAGCUGGAUCCCCUCCCCUAAGCAAGGUUGGCACCGCUCCAAUCAGAGGUACCACGAAGAGUCAGCAACGCAAACAGCGCAAAGAUGUGUUGAAGCAAGAAACAAAGACCCUAGCUGAAACACCCAAGACGGAAGAAGCUGAACAUGCUCCUGUCAUUGGACGCAAGAAAAAACAGAAGAAGGAAAAGCCCCCUAAAGAGGUUAAUGCCAUGUCUUCUGCAACCAUUUCCACAGAAGCGCUGAAGGAUGAAGCGACACCCCUGUCUAAAGACGAUGGAAAGCCAUUAGUUGAUAGCAACAAUGAAAGAUUGAAAACAGACAGCAGGGGGUAUACAAACAAAGACAAGCAAGAUACUAGGAACUCAGCGAAAGAGGUAAACGAGGCAAUCGUGUCGUCACCGACACCUUCAUUGUCCAAAGCAGCUGAACCUGCAGAUAAAACUGUUGAAAGACCACAGUCGAGCCCUGCGUCCGUUUUUGCCGAUAUCAGAGAGUCGCUCUGCACAUCUGCUCCAGAUAAACUGCAGCUGUUAAAGCCUGUUUCGAGCAAUUCAUCCAGGCCAGAGCACAACUCAUUAAACCAGUUAAGCAAAAGGGGAGACUGCAAGGAGAGCUCUUGCAGAUGUGGUGAGAUGCAAGAUGCUGAUCUUGCAGCACUGCGAUCCGGAAGGCCUGUCCGUAAACAAUUCCAUACUGAUGGCAGCCGCAUGCUGAUCACCCCUCACGGAGACUGCAUCCGCGGGUUGACACCAGAAGAAGAGGAUACCUUUUUGGCCCUCCAAACUGCAAUUGCUGCAACGGCGGAGAAUCCUGCUGCGUUCGUAGCACCAAGACAUCAGCCAAGCAGCGGAGCUUUCUCACUUAUUAAGGGCCGAGCAGUUCCCAACGGGCGACCAAACAUUUUCCCCUCUACCGUGCAGCCACAAUCUCAGGAUCCCAUUGGCAAGCUUCAACGAGAGGAUGCUUUAAGCUAUAUCAAUCAGUAUGUGCUACCUCGGCUAAGCCUUGGGGCUACCAGCAUGGGAUUCCCAAAGGGGGCAUCUUCUACUCGGGACUCGGCGAGCCUCAAUUCUCUCGCGCCGUAUUUUUACGGCCCGGAUGCUGCCGCCGGAGUGGGCAUCUACAGUACACCAGAAAGCGCUCGAGCGAUACAGGAUUUUGCUGCCCCGGGAAUGUCACUUGACGAGAUCGGUAAAGGCGCGGCGGCCAGUUCAAUCGGGAACAUGCCCCUGAUGAGCGUUGAGGAUGCCGAGGCAGCGUUAACAGCGGCAAAGAGAGAGACGGAGAAGCUUGAAAAGGGCCUGAACCUUGUCAUUAAGCGGAACCGUAGGCUCUUGCUUGGCGCUUGA